AUGACCCCCGUCUGGGUGUUCCCGGCCUACCCACUGCUCCUCUCCGCGCCCUUCGGCGGCAACCUGGUCUCAGCGGCCAGCCGCGCGGGCCAGCUCGACGGCAUCAACACGGUGCCCGUGGCGCUGGCCGCCAUCACGGUGCAGGGCACCGGCUUCCUCAUCAGCUUCAUGAUCUGCGCCGCCUUCCUCUACCGCCUCAUGACCCAGAAGCUGCCGCGCGACCACCAGCGGCCCGGUGUGUUCAUCUCGAUCGGGCCGAGCGGGUUUACCUGCGCUGGGUUGGUCCAGCUAGGCUCGCAAACCUCGUCCAUCUUCCCGCCGGGCUUCGCGGGCACGCAGCACGCGGCCGACAUCGUGCGGCUGCUGUCCUACAUGGCGGGCCUCUGGCUGUGGGGGCUCAGCAUCUGGUUCUUUUUGGUGUCGGUCGGGUCGCUGUGGAAGUACCUGCGGCCCGAGAGCAAGGGCAAGCUGCGCUUCCAGAUGACGUGGUUCUCGUUUGUGUUUCCGAACACGGCGCUGGUUACGGCCACGGAAGCGCUCGGUGGCGCAUUGGAGAGCCCUGGUCUCCAGAUCUUUGGGUGUGUGUUGGCGGCGUGCUUGAUAUUGGUGUGGAUCUUGGUCUUUACCGAGAUGCUGCGGUGUCUGUGGAGGAAGGAAUUACUUUGGCCCAAGGACGACGACUAG